UCCCUGGAAGCGGGGAGCCGGGGUGGUGCUGGGCAAGCGGCGCAGAGCCAUCGCCCCCAAGCUCCCGGGGUGGGGGACAGAACACCUGCUAUGGUCCAGGAUGAUCCCUGUCUAGAGUGCCUUUCUUAUGCUUCAUGGGGAAUUUUUCCCUCCUGCCUUCUGCUACCACUGAAGUUGUAUCUGCUUCCUUCCUGGAUUCCCUGUGGGCAUUGUUGGGUGUAAAGGUGUUUGAGCUCACAUCAGUCAUGGCCGGACGACCCAUCCGUAUAGGCGACCAGCUGGUUCUGGAGGAAGAUUAUGAUGAGACCUAUAUUCCCAGUGAGCAAGAAAUUGUUGAAUUUGCCCGAGAGAUUGGUAUUGAUCCCAUCAAAGAACCAGAACUGAUGUGGCUGGCACGGGAGGGCAUUGUGGCGCCACUGCCUGUGGAGUGGAAACCAUGUCAGGACAUUACAGGUGAUAUUUACUAUUUCAACUUUGCCAACGGGCAGUCCAUGUGGGACCAUCCGUGUGAUGAGCACUAUCGGAACUUGGUGGUCCAAGAACGAGGGAAGCUGUCAACUUCUGGGGCCAUUAAGAAGAAAGACAAGAAAAAGAAAAAGGAAAAGAAAGAAAAGAAGGACAAAGACACCUCCAAAAGUCCCCUGGCUCUGGGUUCCUCGUUAGCCCCAGUCCACAUUCCUCUUGGGGGCCUGGCUCCCUUGCGAGGCCUUAUGGAUCCCCCACCCUUUGCUCUUCGUGGAUCUCAAAGCGUGAGCCUGGGGAGCUCAGCAGAGUCUGGUCAGCUUGGAGAACUCCCGCUGCCUCCACAGGGUCUCAAGACUUCUGCAUUUACAAAGGGCCUCUUGGGCUCCAUCCAUGAGGACAAGAAUGCGCUCAGCCUCUUGGGCUUAGGGGAGGAGACCAAUGAGGAGGAUGAAGAGGAAAGUGACAACCAGAGUAUCCACAGCUCCAGUGAGCUUCUCAAGAACCUGCACCUGGACCUUGGGGCCCUGGGGGGCAACUUUGAGUAUGAGGAGUCUCCAAGAACAGGUCAUCCAGAAGAGAAGAAGGAUGUUUCUCUAGCUUCAGAUGCUGCUGGUCCCCCUACUCCCGGCAAUCUCUUCAGCCAAGGUGGAGACAGCAGUCUGAGCAGUGCUGAUGGUAAAGAGCCACAGGAAAGAGGGGCGAGUCCUGGGCUUCCAGAAACAGAAGAGAAUAAGAAGAGUGAUCCUGGGGCUUCCACAAGUCCAGUGAUACCUGGGGUGGACCCUGGGGGUGAUCAGCUUGCCAAGUCCUCUAAAAAGGAGCCACUAGAGGACCCAGUUGAUGCAGGAGAGGACUCCAGGAGGGAAGAGGCAGCAAGUGAGCUGAAGAAAGAGAUUUCUACCCCAAAAGAGAGCAGAUCAGAUGCCAGUGAGGAUUCGAAGAUUAGUGAGCCUGUGAAGGAACCAGAGCUCUCUGAUUCUGUGGCUUCUGACCCCAAGUCGUUCCUUGGCCUGGACUUUGGUUUUCGCAGCCGGAUCUCAGAGCACCUACUGGGUAUUGAUGUAGUUUCCCCUGUUCUGGAUGGAGCCUGUUGGGAGGCCCAGAGGGUAGGAAGAGAUGACUCAGAUGGCAGCCAGUGCAGCCAGGAUGAACAGCAGAGCAAACAGUGUGAAGGCUCUGAGAGGUUAUCUCCUCCACUUCUGCAUGGGGAGCUACUCCAGAGUCCCCUUCACAGUCAAGCCACUGAAGAAGGGCCUCUGCAAAUCCCCAAGGGGCAACCUGAAUGGGAGGAAGUGGAGGAGCCUAGAGAGGACUCUGGAGCCAGCCCCACACCACUGGUGUCCCUCCUGAGGGAGCAGAUCCCAAGCCCACCUGUAGUCUAUGAGAGGGGCAAGGAGCAGCAUUCCCAGGCUGAGGAGCCAUGCUCUGGGCAGGAAAAGGCCGAGGAGCCUGAGGAGAAGGUGGUGGUCAGCUGCACCUCGCCAGUCUCUCUAGAAGUGAGAUCUUCAGGGCCUGUGGCUCUCCCAAAGCAGCUUUCUGAGGCUGCACUAAAGGCCAUGGAAGAGGCAGUGACCCAAGAACUCAAAGAAGAUCAUAGGCGGUUGCUGGAAUUGCAGCAAGAGAAGAUGCAGCAGCUGCGGGAGAAACUGUGGCAAGAGGAGGAAGAGGAGAUUCUCCAGCUUCACCUGCAGAAGGAGAAAUCACUCAGUUCCCUGAAGGAGCAGCUACAGAAAGCCACUGAGGAGGAGGAGGCUCGGAUGAGAGAGGAGGAAGACCAGAGGCUGUCCCAGCUCAGAGCCUGGGUUCAGUCCAGCACAGAAGCAGAUGAGGAACAAAUCAGAGCUGAGCAGGAGGCUUCCCUGAAGAGGCGGAGAGAAGAGUUGGAGUCCCUGCAGAAGGCUGAGAUGGCCAGCUUGGAACAGAAAAGCAAGUGGACGUUGGAACAACUCAAGGAAGAGCUGGAGGCUUCCGAGAAGAGAGCUGAGGCCACCCUUAAGGCUGAGAAGGAGGUGGCUCUGCGGCAGCUGAGGGAGCAGCUGGAGGGGGAGAGGAGAGAAGCGGUGGCAGAGCUGGAGAAGGAGCAUAGUGCUGAACUGGAGCGGCUUUGUUCCUCACUGGAGGCCAAGCAUCGGGAGGUGGUCUCCAACCUCCAGAAGAAGAUAGAGGAAACUCAUCAGAAAGAGGAGGCCCAGCUGCGGGAGAGCCUUGGGUGGGUGGAGCAGAGAGCUCACCAGAAGGCUCACCAGGUGGUCGAGUAUGAGCAAGAGCUCAGCAGCCUCCUGCGAGACAAGCGCCAGGAGGUGGAAAGAGACCAUGAGAGGAAGAUGGACAAGAUGAAGGAGGAGCACCGGCAAGCGAUGGCUGAGGCCAGAGAGCGGUAUGAAGCUGAGGAGAGGAAGCAGCGGGCUGACCUCCUGGGGCACCUGACUGGAGAGCUGGAGCGCCUGCGCAGGACCCACGAGCGAGAGUUAGAGACACUGAGGCAGGAGCAGGACCAGCAGCUUGAGGACCUGCGGCGCCGGCACCGAGAGCAGGAAAGGAAACUCCAAGAUUUGGAGAUGGAACUUGAAACCAGAACAAAAGAUAUCAAGGCCAGAUUGGCUCAGCUGAAUGUCCAGGAGGAUACUGUGCAGAAGGAGAAGCAGCAGCUACUUGAUGUGCAGAGGCAGGUGGCUCUGGAGAGAGAGGAAGCCACAGUCAACCAUCAGCACCUGGAGGAGGUGAAGAAGGAGCACACCCACUUAGUGGAGUCCAAGCGGCAGCUCCAAAGGGUUCUUGAAGAACUGCAGGCCCGCAAGAUAGAGUUGCAGUCCCAAGUGGAUCUGCUGCAGAUGCAGAGUCUGAAGCUGCAGAAGCGUGUCAGCAACCUGGAGGCUGAAACUCAGAGGAAGCAGGAUGUCCUGAAAGAGCUGGCAGCGGAGGAAAGUAAUGCUUCCCCACAUUUUGAACCAGAACUCCACAUUGAGGACCUGAGGAAAUCCCUUGGGACACUUCCCAACCAUCUUCACCAAAUGACCCCUAAACAAACCCAAGAAGUGUCCUCUUCUCUGUCCCAGGGCAAGGAGACUAACUUAUCCUUGGACAGCAUCCGCCACUACCUCUCCGCUGAGGGGAUAGCCCUCCGCAAUGCCAAGGAGUUCCUGAUGCGGCAGACACGCUCCAUGCGGAGGCGGCAGACGGCCCUAAAAGUUGCCCAACAGCACUGGUGCCACAAGCUGGCCAGAGCCCAGGAGGUGGCCGAUGACCCUCCAGGCACUGAGGCCCUGCAAGAUAUGCGCAAGAACCUGGAGGAGGAGACCAGAUACCUGAAUGAGAUGAAGUCAGCCAUGCGGAAGGGCCACGGCCUGCUGAAGAAGAAAGAGGAGAAGCUGAAUCAGCUGGAGUCCUCUCUUCGGGAAGAGGCUUCAGAUGAAGACACUCUGAGGGGAACCCCCACCAAGAAGGCAGUGACCUUUGACCUCAGUGACACGGAAGACACGAGCAGUGAAAGCUCCGAUUCCUUUCCCCUGCCUCACAGUGAACCAUGGCGGCAGCAGGGAGUCACCUCCACCUCGAAUCCCACCUUCCCCAACAAGAUCAGUUACUUGAGCAGCUCGCUGCAGCGGAUCAGCAGUGAGCUCAACAGUGUCCUCGGCAUUCUUGGCAGCCUCAGCACCCAGCCACCCCCUCCGCUCUCUACUUCCUGGUCAGCUCAGUUCUUGCCGCGGUCUUCCAAGAGCACCCCUAUUCCCUCCUAUGCCUCUCUGACCAGGGUUCCAGCCUCAUCUCCUAUUGCACCUGUGUCCACCCAUUGGGCCUGGGACCCAGGCCUGGGCCCCCGGCUCCCCUCCUCAGUGACUCAGACAGUAGACGACUUCCUUUUGGAGAAGUGGCGCAAGUAUUUUCCCUCUGGCAUCCCCCUGCUCAGCAACAACCCUAACCCCCUGGAGAACCGCCUGGGCUAUGUGUCUGCCAGGACCCCAAACCGCAGUGCCUUCCUGUUGUAGCAGUCAAGCCGAUCAGGCUCUGCUGGGACUCUGGGGGCCAGAGGAGGUUCCAAUUCAGUCUCUGACUCUUGGCUCCAUUUGGACAUGCUCAGCUGCCCACAGUUUUCCUUCACUUCAUGGCCAGACAUCUAUUCUCCGUGCCCAAGCCAACGACCACUUCCAGCACGCUGAUGCAGCUGGGCCUGGAUGAGAACAACAGACUGCAGGUGUACCACUACUGAGUGCCCGCUCGGCUUGGGCAGCAGCCUCCUCCCCCAGACCAGGUGCCCAAGGAACCACCUGCACUCCUGCCUCUGAGGAAGCAUUCUCCUGUCUGCUCUGCUGCACCCACUCAGGACCUGAAAGAACCACAGGGCUGGGUGUGGGUGGAAAGGAUGGUACGACUGAAAUAGUAAGCCACUCUCUGUGACCGUGGACUGUUUUGACCUGAAGUGUGUGAACUUUCUUGAGCUCCUGCGUCAACAGGUGGGCGUGGCUGCUGAUGGACAUGCUCAGGGAUGGAAAGCAGUUCCUUCAGAACCAAGGGAAUCCCUCUGGAGCCAUGUCAGUCCCUUGGACCUUCAGGGACCUGCUUGGCGGUUCCCAGCACACCUGUACCCUGGGACCUGGCUCUUGUGGGCUUGCGCCUAUCUCUCUAGUACCUCAGCCUUGUAGAGAUCAAAUUCGUUCUUUGUUCUUUUUUUCUUUCUUUUCUUUUUUUUAAAAUAUCUCCUUUCUUGGA